UUCUCGUAAAACGGUACAUCUAUGGAAACAUAUAAACAUUUAAAGAGUUUAAGGAAUGUGUGGUCUGUACUGUAGUCAGAUAACGGCUUAGAGUUAUAAAUAUGGAAGAAAUCGAAGGAUGUCAGCAAUCAAGUAGGGAGGAUGUGGUUCCUGAGACUAAUAUGACACGCUACAAACGGAAAAUAAUAAAACCGCAACGCGACUACGAUCCACAGAAAGGAACGUGGACAACAGAAGAAAAAUCUCGUUUUCUGAAGGCACUUAAGAAACAUGGAUGUUUAAAUAUAACAGCUAUACAGAGAGAAGUCCAAACGAAAAGUGAAGAGAGCAUUAAGUUAUUUAUUAGUCACUGUAGUAAGAAUGCGCGUUACUUAAUGGAAAAACGCUCAGACGCAUAUUCAAAGAAAAACAAAAGUUUUGCAGUGUGUUGUAAACACAAGAAAAUAAAGUCUGCUGUUACAGAUGAAGCUAUUGAUCAGUGGCUUCAGCGUUUUCAUGCUGCAGAACCACCUGGUUAUACUGAAAUAAAGGCUUUACCAAUAGCAAGAGCGUUUCUGUAUAUUUCAAAAUUUGAGGAGCAUCCAGACCCAAAGAGUUGUAAAGGAGUUGACUUCAAAAGUCUGUAUGAAACCUUAUAUUAUAUGUUUUGUGGUCUGCCUGGGAAGCAACUUAAUAAAGAAACGGUGGAGUUCUUCAACAAAACAAUAGAUCAGUUGUCAAAACUUGUUAUGACAUCACCAAUGGCAGAGAGAUCGGAUGUCUUGAGGAAUGUAGCAAGAAUUAAUUACCCACCAUCAGGUAGAGUUCGAAAGUAUCCAGGUAAAAAACAAAUGCAGGCAUCACAUGAACAGGAAGAUUUUCUUUUAGAAUUACAAGGCUACAAUCCUUUAAGACUACCUCGUCAUUACCUGUCAUUCAAUGAGACGCUUGAAGAAACACCACCUCCUGAGAGUCGUGCUGAGGUGAAGAUGGAGUCUGUGGAAAUUCCUGCAUGUUCUAUAUUCAGUUAACAGUUUUGUUAUGUAUGUAUAAUCUUACUGUAUGAAUCCUCAAAGUGUAUGUGUGUAACAUAAAUUCCUGUUUUCUC